AUGUCCCGGGAAGUAGAGAUCUCCAAAGCUGAAGAACGAUAUGUCGAAUCCAUCGAACCACAGGCCCAUCCACAACAUCAGACACCCAGCAAACCAAAAUAUGAUGACGCUGCAGACCUCAUAAAUGACCUGGGCCACUCCCCCAUCCUCACGAAAGAGACCAACACCCGUGUCCUUCGCAUGAUCGAUCUGCGUCUCCUCCCGAUUCUUCUAGGCAUAUACUUCCUACAGCAAAUUGACAAGACCACCCUGUCCUACGCAUCCGUGUUCGGACUGAUUGAAGAUGCCAACCUCCACGGCCAGCAAUACUCCUGGCUUGGCUCGGUUGUCUACCUCUCCCAGUUGGUUGUCCAGCCGCUCGUCGCGUAUAUCCUGGUCAAGGUGCCGCUGGGGAAAUUCCUGGCCGUGACGAUGUUGUUUUGGGGAAUUGCGUUGACGUGUAUGACGCCGUCGGACACGUUUGCAAAGCUGUUGGUUUGUCGCUUAUUUCUGGGUGCUUUUGAGGCGGGAAUCCCACCGGCUUUUAUUGCGGUCACGCAAAUGUGGUAUCGACGUAUUGAACAACCUGUUAGAUUAGGCGCAUGGUACGCGAUGAAUGGUGUGGUCAAUAUGUUUGGGAGUUUGAUAACAUAUGGCCUUGGACAUAUCCAGUCUCACAUAUUUGAGCCCUACCAGAUAAUCUUCUUGUUCUUCGGUCUCAUUACGAUCACAUUCUCUGCAGUUGUAUUAAUCUUUAUGCCGGACUCUCCAGUGCGAGCCAAGUUCCUUAAGGAGGAUGACAAACUCGUUGCAAUUGAGCGACUCCGAAUGAACCAGCAAGGUGUAGAAAACAACCAAUGGAAAUGGGACCAUGUGAAAGAAGCCUGCCUAGAUCUGAAAACAUGGUUCUGGUUCGUACUGAUGUUCGCCAUAUCUCUCCCAAGCGGUGGUAUAUCUACUUUCGGCCCCUUAAUCAUCGAAUCUUUCGGCUUUGACCAAUUCAAGACUAUCCUCUUCAACAUACCCUUUGGCGCAGUUCAACUCAUCGCUACCAUGGGAGGCGCAUGGAUGGCUACGGCGCUGAAAAUGAAGGGACCCGUUAUUGUCUUGCUAUGUCUGCCCUCGAUUGCUGGGUGUGUGAUGCUGUUGCGUAUUGCGCAUGAUGUGGCUCAUAAAGCACCUUUGUUGGCCGGAUAUUACAUUAUAUCUGUUUAUCCAGGCAUAACACCAUUGAUUUACUCCUGGUCCGCCGGAAACACAGCAGGCGAAACGAAAAAGAAAGUCACAACGGGUCUUUUGCUCAUCGGCCAAUGUACCGGUAAUGUCGUUGGUCCUAAUCUGUACACAACCUCCGACGCACCGCUUUAUACACGCGGUCUGGUGUCCAGUCUUGCGAUGUUUUGCAUCAUCAUCUUGCUGAGCUUAUUUAACAUGGCAUAUCUCCUCCUUCUAAACAAGAAACACGAAAAGCAACGAGUAUCCAUGGGAAAGAGUUCCAAAAUUAUCGACAAAUCCAUGGCUGCUGUCGGCACUGUGUUCAAGGAAGAAGAGGAGGGCAAAGUCCAGCAGGGGGAAGGGGUUGAUGAUAAUGCAUUCAGGGACCUGACCGAUUUGGAUAACGAAGAUUUUGUCUAUGUAUAUUGA